AGAAGUUACAGAACAUAGUUGCCAGUCGAGCUACGCAAUACAAUCAUGAUAUGAAGAGAAAGGAGAGAGAGUACAAUAGACUGAAAGAACGUUUUCACCAGCUGCUUAUGAACAAAAAGGAUAAAAAAAUUGCUAUGGAUGUUCUAAACUAUGUUGGGAGAGUUGAUGGCAAGCGAGGUGGAUGGAGAACUGGAAAAACAGAAGCUAGGAAUGAAGAGGACAUGUACAAAGCUCUCCUCAACGAAUAUGAACAGCGGCAGAAACAGCUUUUGGUUGAAAAUGCUGAGCUCAAAAAACUUCUUCAGCAGAUGAAGAAAGAGAUAAUCUCUCUCCUUCCACCACAGAAACAGAAACCUCGGGAGAGAGCAGAAGAUGGCAGUGGAACUGUAAAUGUCCUGUCGGAUGUGGAGGACGACUCCGGAGAAGUAAAUAAAGAGAAUGUGUGGGAGCUGUCUUGUGACACAGUUCGUGAACAGCUGGCUAAUAGCAUUCGAAAGCAGUGGAGAAUGCUGAAAAACCAUGUGGAAAAGCUGGACAAUCAAGGUAUCCUGUAA